AUGCAACAUCCUACUCUCACUCGUUUCAUUAUCAUCUUUUUCAUAAUUCUUCACAUAGCUCAAGCAUACAAACUUACGGUUGAUCUAUCAUUUUUCUCUGUCUGUCGUGUAUAUGUAACGGAUUGUCAUGGUAAAACUUUAAGAGAUGCUGGAUGGAAAAAUUGUGAUUCUGGUUAUAAAUGGCACUGGGAUGAGGCACCUGAAACAUAUUGCUUGCAUAUAUAUCCUAAAACAAAUGGAGACGAUAAUAGAUGGUGUCAAGGAUAUAAAGAUGACUGCAUUUUCGUCACUGGUGAUCCGGUUGGUUGGGAAAUGUUUAAUUGUGCAGGAAAUAAAUGCGAUACGCAUUAA